GACGCUCCCGGCGGCCGCCGGCGCCCGCGGAAUCCCGCCCGGGAACCAUCUCCCGUGAGAGCAGCCUGGGACCUGGGGCCCAGGGGCCCCCCUGGGCUGCAGCUGAAGCAGCCGGAACCCCGGGCGGGUGUCCAGCCUCCGGUCAGCCUGAGCUGGGGUCAGAGGAGAGGUUAAGUGAGGAUUGGGAUGGUGCGUGGGUCUGGGGUCGACCCCUACCCCCAGCAGGAAAUGACCUUUGGCUCUAAAAAGAAGACUCGUUUUUCAUGAUAAAAUGGCAGUGGUGAAAACCCCCAGCAGAGAACUAAACAGUGCGGAAGAACCUUUUACUAACAUAUCCCCCCUCCUUCUGAAGAGCCUAGUGGAGGAGCCCAAGAAAAGAACAGAAGUACCUAAUCACCUUCUAGAAUCAAAGGUUUAUGCAAAACUUCUGAAAAAUAAGGUCAUACAGGCAAAACCUGGCAUAUUGCAUUUUGGAGGCUAUCAAGUAGACAAACAACACCAACAGAUUCUGAAUCUGGUCAAUAUUUCCAACGGAGACAUACAUGUGCAUAUCUUACCCCCUCAAACCAAAUACUUUCAGAUCAAGUAUGUGAAAAAGGAACACUGCCUUGUCCCCGGCUUGUCCCUCACAAUCACCAUUACAUUUUCUCCAGAUGAGUGGCGAUACUAUUAUGACUGUAUUCGGGUUCACUGUCAGAAGGAGUAUUUGUACCAAGAAGAUGAAUCUCAGGGACAAGUAUGGUACAGAGUGCCAGGGCACAUCUCCUGCUACUCAAUGGGAGAUGAGACUCUGCUUAUUCCCAUCCAUGCCUAUCCUGUCACCAACACACUGGACUUUCCCUCAUUUAUAAAUCUAUCCAACGUUCUCCUUGGUGAAAGCAAAAAAUAUGUUCUCCCUUUGCAGUGCAACUGCCCUGUAGACUUCGAGUUUCAUAUCACUUUGGUUCAGUCUCAUGAAGCCUUUACUAUUGACCCAGUAUCAGGAAUAAUCCCAGCUAAUGGGAAGAUGAACGUGACUGUCAAAUUCACACCAUUUCAGUAUGGGAUUGCACAGAUAAAAAUGCAGCUGUGGAUCUCACAGUUCAACUCUCAGCCAUAUGAAUGUGUCUUCACCGGAACGUGCCAUCCCAACGUGGCUUUACCAUUAGAAGAAUUUGAAAGAUUAAAUGCUCUUUCUAAAAGAGUGGACGUUCCUCCAGAAAAGGCGAUGACACAGAUACAUUUUCAGCGAAUGCCACAAAAACUAAAGCCUCCAAAGAUUAAGGAAAUUGACUAUCAGAACCUGAGAUUUCCAGUAGAUUUAUCGAAUCCAUUUGCUGUCGCAACUGUUUUAAACCAAGAACCAGGAAAAUUGAAGAUUAAAGAAUUAAGAGAAGUCUUGGACCAAGGCCACGAGAUUUCAAAAACAAGACAGAUGAAGGAAGCACUCUUUGAACAGAAAGUCAGACACGACACUUAUGAAGAGAUUGAAAAUCACCUUAAGUGGCAGGUGCACCUUGGUAAAGAUCAUAUGUCUUUUAAAUUUAGAAAAGACCUCACUGAACAACGGCAAAGAGAAAACGCCAAAUAUAAGCUAGAUAGGGGAGAUCCUGUUUUGGAUGAGGAAUUUCAGCGCCUCACGACGGAAGUCCACCACAAACGUGUUGUUCACAACCUAGAAGAAAAAAUCAAGGAAUUCCAUCCUAAUUUUGACCCACUCAUUAAUAAUACUUGGGUCAACAGGUUUAGAGCGCAGAGGCGGUUUCAACAAGCAGCACGCAAGAUCAUGGUUCAUCGAAGAUUACUCAGUAUGCUGACUGCUAUUCAUAAUAUAGACAAAGAGACCAUAAUCAGAAAGCUGAGCAAAGGAAGACAGUCUAUAGUAACAGACAAAAAUGCUUCCAGAUACCUCCUGGGUCAGAUCAGUCAAGAUGAUUACUCCAGCAGGUUCUCUGUGUCACCUAAGGAAGUGCUCCCCUUCGCCUUCCCAUCCUACAGUCCUCCUCAGAGCUCCAAUGAGUUGGCUCCUGAUGGCCUUGGACCAGUUCCAAUUAAAUCUUCAGAAACUCAAAUCAAGCAGAGUUAUUCCUUCCUCAGUCUGCAGGUUCCUCAACAGUACAAAAUUAAAGGGUAUCAGCCAUUCUGUGUCCAGAAGUCAUCAACAAGCUACAAACCUCAAAAGCUUGCUCGAGUUCUGAAGCAAGGGGCAGAGGAUGAGGCCACCAUCAUUACUCUACCCAAGCAGGACUCUACACCCCAGCUCCCUGGCAAGACCUCGGUCUUGGGCAUGAGACCACCUGACGCCUUAGCCAUGUCUCCAAAUUAUGACCCGCUUUAUAUAUUCAAUCCCAGCCCAGGAUUAUUUGCUGUGAUGCACCCCCUGACCUACGCAGAAACCCUGAUAGAUUACCAUCUGUGCCCUCACCCCAAGUACAAGUUCAUCAAGGAGUCCCACAGGGGGUCCAGCAUUCCUCUCACCCAAAAGCAAUUUCUCCAUCACACGGACAUCAUUCCGGGGAUAAUGCACUGGAAGAAGUUCCAGCCCCUGGCUCUCUCAUCCCUGCCUGAAACCUCGAAGAUAGACACAACACAGAGCUGUGAUUCCUUCAAUUUAGCCAUGCUUCCUAAAAAUGUCCCUGCCCUUCUUGACGCCCUACCAGAAGAAGACAGAUUGGAAACAGCUGAACGUGAGCUCUGCGAACAGAAUAUAGAAGUUAUGUUGACUCCAGAAAUAAUUGAAGCAGAAUUCCCCAUGUUGGAUCACAAGGACACCAAAAAGGAGAAGUUCACAUCGGUGGCCACACUCAUGGCAGGUCCCCUGUGGCGGGCCGCAGCAUUCGUGCAGAGACACAGAGCAGGCCUGUUGGUGGGUUCCUGUGCCGGCCUGUUCGGGGCCCAGAUCUCAUACCACCUCUUCCCAGAUCCUGUGAUCCGGUGGCUGUACCAGUACUGGCCUCAGGGCCAGCCAGCUCCGCUCUCCCCAGAGCUGCAGAGCCUCUUCCAAGAGGUGCUCCAGGACGUGGGUAUCCCCUCGGGCCAUAGCUAUGAGGCUUUCACCUCAUUCACCUUCCAGCCUGUGAGUGCUGGCUUCCCGCGACUCCCUGCUGGGGCGAUAGUGGGCAUCCCAGCCACCUUCCUGGGUGGCACAUUGAUCGACAGUGAUCACCCAGUAGUUGUACACGGGCAAAGAGUCAACUGGCAGAGCCCAGCAGGCACCCGGCUGAGAGAUGCCCUGACCCUGUCCCGCGACGCCCAGAAGUUUGCCUUGGCCAAGGAAGUGGUAUACCUGGAGAGCAGUACAGCCGCCCUACAGGCCCUGUUGGCCCCAGCUUGCCUGGCAGGCACCUGGGCGCUGGGCGUGGGUGCCAAGCAUGCACUGGGGCUCUAUGGAGGCCCCAUGAAUUUACGGGCUGCCUUCAACCUGGCAGCAGCAGUGGCGGGCUUUGUGGCCUAUGCCUUCUCCACGGACUCUCUCACUCAUGCGCUGGAAGCCUGGCUCGACCGCCGCACAGCUGCACUGUCUGCAGCCUAUGCCCAGGGUGGAGUGGAGUUCUAUGAGAAGAUUUUGUCGGGCAACAUAGCCCUGCGCAGUCUCUUGGGCAAGCGUGGAGAGCAGCUGUAUACGCCCAGUGGGAACAUCGUUCCCAGACACUGGUUUCGCAUCAAACAUUUACCCUACACAACCCGCCGGGAUUCUGUGCUGCAGAUGUGGAGGGCAACACUCAACCCAGGCCACUCCUGAGGGACUCAUCACAAGGACAGAUGCAGCUCCUGCAAGCACCACCCUGAUGUUGACUCUGGGGGCUCUCGGUGCCUCUGGACCCAUGGCCACAUGUCAGUGAAUCAUAGACUUUGGAAUUAAACAGCCUAGAUUUUACCCCAGCCCAUCGUCCCAGUGACCUUGAGCAAGUCCCUUUUAAAGCUGAGCCUUGGUUUCCUCAGGUGUAAAAUGGGGAUGCUUAAAUUACCUGGCAGGAUUUGGGGGUUGCGUGAGCUAUGAACAAAAGGGCCUGGCCAAGAGGACGUGCUGUUAAAUAAAUGGGAUAUUCCUCCA